CUGGACCGGCCAAGAAAGGCCUGGCCCCGGUCUCUGGCAGUUUUGCAGCAAGGUUGCGAUCCGGACCUGAGGCGGGCGAAGACCUGGCUUUUCCUCCUCCUUCCUGGGGCGGAAGGCCGAGGUCACGCCGCCCGUGACCGAGGUGGCUCUGCGAGCCGAACCCGCGCCUACCAGAACCCUGACCCUGACCUUCUGGAGACCGCGCGAGAUGACGCAGUCUUUGGUUUGCCCACACACAGUGAGUAGGGUGAGCUCAGUGCUGAAUCGCAAUACCCAGCAGUUUGGCAAGAAGCACCUUUUUGACCAGGAGGAGGAGACAUGCUGGAACUCCGACCAGGGACCUUCCCAGUGGGUGACACUGGAGUUUCCACAGUGCAUCCAUGUCUCUCAGCUGCAGAUCCAGUUCCAAGGUGGCUUCUCCAGUCGCCGGGGCCUCCUAGAAGGGUCACGGAGGGGUGACACCCUCAACAAGAUUCUGGAGUUCUAUCCCGAGGAUAACAACUCGCUUCAGACCUUCCCUGUGCCCACCACCGUGGUGGACCAGCUGAAGGUGACAUUUAAGGACCCCACUGACCUUUUUGGCCGUGUGGUCAUCUACCACCUGCGGGUGAUGGGAGAGAAGGUAUUGUAACACUGGCACUGCUGCUCCCCACUCCCCCCACACCACCGCCACCAGGAAGCCCUCGGGGAAUGCAGCAGAGUCCUUCCAGUUCUGCACAGAA